GCGAGGGACUCUUUAGUGUGCGGAGUGCGCUGUGAGCAGUGAGGCGGCUGGAGCAGACAGACACGCUGCGACUCUCGCCUGCUGUGCGCCGCGUGUCCUCCUCGUCGCGAUGCUGGCCACGGUGAUGGAAGCUGGCAACGCCGUGCUGGAGCAGAUGAGCCCCUCGUCCUGGGCGCUCGCCGCGUCCGCGCUGCUCUUGGCGGUGGUGCUGGGCGCCAGUCGCGGAGCAGGGAAAGCUCAGAAGCACCCGCCGCACAUCCCCUCGCACAUUCCCUUCCUGGGCCACGCCAUUGCAUUCGGACGCAAUCCCAUCGACUUCCUGGAGAACGCCUUUGAGAAGUAUGGGCCCGUGUUCAGCUUCACCAUGGUGGGAAAGACGUUCACGUACCUCCUGGGCCCUGACGCAGCCGCACUGCUCUUCAAUAGCAAGAACGAGGACCUGAAUGCCGAGGAGGUUUACUCGCGCCUCACCACGCCCGUCUUCGGUCCCGGAGUGGCCUACGACGUGCCCAACCCGGUGUUCCUGGAGCAAAAGAAGAUGCUGAAAACCGGGCUCAACAUCUCCCAGUUCCGGCAGCAUGUGCACAUGAUCGAGGAGGAGACACGAAACUACUUUGAGCGCUGGGGCGUGAAGGGGCAGCGUGACUUCUUUGAGGCCCUUUCGGAACUCAUAAUCCUGACGGCGAGCCGCUGCCUGCAUGGCAAGGAGAUCCGCGCCAUGCUCACGGAGCACGUCGCACAGCUCUACAGCGACCUCGACGGGGGCUUCACCCAUGCCGCCUGGUUGCUUCCUGGGUGGCUGCCCCUGCCCAGCUUCCGGAAGCGAGACCGGGCACACCAGGAGGUGCGGCGCGUGUUCAAGACCGUCAUCCAGAAGAGGCGGCGUGACGCCGAGAAGCAAGACGACAUGCUGCAGACCCUCAUUGAUGCAUCCUACAAGGAUGGGCGAACGCUGUCGGACGAUGAGAUCGUGGGGAUGCUCAUAGGGCUGUUGCUGGCCGGGCAGCACACAUCGUCCACGACGAGCGCGUGGCUCGGCUUCUUCCUGGCACGCGACCCCGCACUGCAGGCGCGCUGCUACGCCGAGCAGAAGGCCGCGUGCGGGGAUGAGCUGCCACCUGUGGAGUAUGACCAGCUCAAAGACCUCGUGGUGCUGGACAGCUGUCUGAAGGAGACACUGCGCCUGCGCCCGCCAAUCAUGACCAUGAUGCGUCUGGCCAAGACCCCACAGACGGUGUGUGGCUACACCAUCCCUCCGGGGCACCAGGUGUGCGUGUCACCCACGGUGAACCAAAAACUGAACUCUGCGUGGACCCAGCCCAGCAACUUCAACCCUGACCGGUUCCUGCAGGAAGGAACCUCCAACUCAGAGAAGUUCUCCUAUGUGCCGUUCGGGGCUGGACGCCACCGUUGCAUCGGGGAGAACUUUGCCUAUGUGCAGAUCAAGACUAUCUGGUCCACUCUGCUGCGCAUGUUUGAGUUUGAGCUGGUGGAUGGCCACUUCCCCGAGAUCAACUACACCACCAUGAUCCAUACGCCCAGCAACGCCAUCAUCCGUUACCAACGCAGGGACCGCUGAGCCCAAGUCCCACUGAUCAGACCAUCUGCGUCAAGGCAGGGGCUCUGUCCACAUCAACCCACUCACCACCAUCUUCCCUGUGCUGCCGUCCAGCACUUGUGCAACCAUAUCACACGUUCACUGCAGAGACUACACCUCAUUGUCCACACUCUGUACAUAUGUAACCCUGUGCAAACAUAAAAUGCCUCUCCACCGAUAAAAUGAUGUGAUUCUCAGGGCUAUGUCACUGCAUUGAGCCAGCAACCACUCGGUUCCUGGGUUUUGGUCCCUAUUGCGGUGAAAUGUGAUAUUUAGCAAGUUUCACAAACACGAUGCAUACACGUGUGAAAUCUGUCAAAUACAGCUCGGCACUUGAUUUUGUGAAUCCCAGCCCUUGUGGGAUGCAUUAAUGUAUAUAUAUAUCAAGACACGAAGUGAAACACUCAUCUGCACAUGUGAAAUUGAGAUGAGUUGUGGGAAGAUGCCUAUUCAAGACAUCACCACUAGUUUUGUGGAGUCAUUCAAUAAUAUUCUGUGUUGAUGCACAAUGACUCGGUGCUGUGCUGUCUAGGUUUCAUGAUGGGCCAGCCACCACUUUAGCUCUGCCUUGGGGUCAGCAGCGGAGUUGAGAUAAAAUACAAGUGUGUAAGAGAAUCACUGAUAUGAUAAUUUUACAUGUUACCGUGGUAAUUUAUUUGAAUAUAUCAAACAAAGUGUUUGGAAGUUUGUGCAUAUUUUACAAAGUUGAAGUUAGAAAUUAAAUGUUAAACAUUUAAUCCAGAAUGAUUUACCCACACGGAUAUACUGUACUUUGCAAGAAACGUGAAGCCUGCUGUCUUAAUUGUAUCUCAUACGUUGUGCAAUGGCGUUGCAUUCGUAGACAAUGGAUAAAAUAAAUUUUGCGUUUGUUACUUGUAAGUCUUCAGUUUAACGUGAACGGCAAAAUGGCGUGGAGAAAAUAAACCAUGGUUUACAUGGGAGGUUUUUUUUUAACUUAACAUUCGUGACAGCAGGAAUGAAUAUUCUUUGGUUCUUUCGGUAAAGUCACCUAGAUAGAAAAAAAUGACAAUAAAAAUAAGGUGAAUAAAAAUAAUACUGAAGCCUGCUUCUUAAUCGGAGUGUACUGGCAGUCUAUAAUGUAGACUAGCAAUGGUUAUUAAGCUGGGUGAGUGUACUGGUAGUCUAUGAUGUAGACAACCUCGGUAAGUACUGGCAGUCUAUAAUGUAGACUAUAGCCUACAUUUUUUUUUAAAUGCCACCACGUUUCGAUCGCAACACACACGGUCGUCCUGAUGACAACCGCUUGUGUCGCAAUCGAAACGUCGUGGCUUUGUAUUUAGAUUUUUCAGGCUAGUCUACAUUAUAGACUGCCAGUACACUCACCGACGUUAAGAACCAGGCGACAGUUUCAUGAUUAUGCGCAUUUUCUGCAUGAAUCGAGGGAGACCUGUACAAAUGGCUUCAAGGGCAUGCGCAUGAAAGGAAAUGUGGAAUUCAACGUGGUGGUAAGAUGGUGUUGUAUUCCCAUGUUCAGUUCACUGUAGACAAUUUGCAGUUAACAUUUUAGUUUGAAAACUUAAGGACCUGAUUUUUUUUGUAGUGGACAGUGGUAAAAUUUUGUUAAUACCCCAAAACAGAGGAAUGUAUUUUGUAAACACUUUGUUUUGUAUGUUAUCCAUGCCACGUCUAACAAUGGUAUUUUAUUUACCGACAUUCUUCGUGAUAAAAGCACACGCUUUUUGCAGCCAGGCAUAUGCUUGCGAUUAAGCACUUUGGGUACGUGUAUUGAUGGAUCAUGUAGAUGUGAAACUAGCAAACUCAUUGGGAUAAAGUGCAUUAACUGAUUUGUGUGGACCCAUGAACGUUGUCUCAUGGGUAUGCGUUUUCUCAAGGUAUUCUGGUUUCCUGAUACUCAAUACAAAAUAAAUUGACAAACAUACCAA